AUGGGGUUACUCAGAGGUUCUGUUUUCCUCCUUGUCUUAUACCUGCUACACAAGUCAAAUUCUUCCCUCACUAAGCUGAAUAACAAUGGCUACGAAGACGUUAUCAUUGCUAUAGAUCCUGGUGUGCCAGAAGAUGAAACAUUAAUUGAAAAAAUAAAGGACAUGGUGACUACAGCUUCUACCUACCUGUUUGAGGCCACAGAAAGAAGAUUUUUUUUCAAGAAUGUAUCUAUAUUAAUUCCUGAGACUUGGAAGGAAAAUUCUCAAUACAAGAGGCCAAAACAUGAGAGUUAUACACAUGCUGAUGUUAUAGUGGCCCCACCUAUUGCCCCAGGCAGAGAUGAACCAUACACCAAGCAGUUCACGGAAUGUGAAGAGAAGGCAGAAUACAUUCAUUUUACUCCUGACUUUGUACUGGGAAACAAACAAAACGAAUAUGGACCUGCAGGUAGAGCAUUUGUCCACGAGUGGGCCCAUCUCCGCUGGGGAGUGUUUGAUGAGUACAAUGAAGAUCAGCCUUUCUACAGUGCUAGCUCAAAAAAAAUUGAAGCAACAAGGUGUUCCGCAGGUAUCACUGGUAUAAACAGAGUUUAUACAUGUCGAGGAGACAGCUGUUUAACAAGAAAUUGCAGAAUGAAUACUACAACAAAACUGUAUGAAAAAGAUUGUCAAUUCUUUCCCGAUAAAUUUCAGACAGAAAAGGCAUCCAUAAUGUAUAUGCAAAGUAUCGAGUCUGCUGUUGAGUUCUGUAAUGAAAAAAACCAUAACAGAGAGGCCCCAAACUUACAAAACACAAAGUGCAAUUUUAGAAGUACAUGGGAGGUGAUCAGCAUUUCUGAGGAUUUUCAAAGCACCACGCCCAUGGAGGGAAUUCCCCCUCCACCAGCCUUCUCACUGCUGAGGCCCAGACAAAGAACUGUCUGCUUAGUUCUUGAUAAAUCGGGAAGCAUGGCUAAUUACGAUCGCCUAAAUCGAAUGAAUCAAGCAGCAAAAUAUUUCCUGCUGCAGGUUGUGGAAAGUGGAUCCUGGGUGGGGAUGGUUCACUUUGAUAGUACUGCCACUAUUAAAAGUCAACUAAUCCAGAUAAAAAGCAGCAGUGAAAGGGACAUGUUGUUGCAGAGCUUGCCUACAGUGGCUGCCGGAGGAACUCAGAUCUGCCUGGGAAUUAGAGCUGCAUAUCAGGUAUUUAAACAACAAAAUUCUGAAGUAGAUGGAUCUGAAAUAGUGCUGCUGACCGAUGGGGAGGACUCAACUGCCAGCAGUUGUGUUAAUGAAGUAACAGAAAGUGGGACGAUAAUUCAUUUUAUUGCUUUGGGACCAUCUGCUGAUGCAUCUGUAAUACAAAUGAGUAAUUUAACAGGAGGAAGUCAUUAUUAUGCUUCAGAUAAUGCUCAGAAUAAUGGCCUCAUUGAUGCUUUUGGUGCCCUUACAUCAGAAAAUGCUGAUCUCUCCCAGAAGUCGCUCCAGCUUGAAAGUAAGGGAUUAACACUGAACAGUAGUUCCUGGAUGAAUGACACUGUAAUUAUUGAUAGCACAGUGGGGAAAGACACAUUCUUUCUCAUUACAUGGAACAAGCAGAUUCCCGACAUUUCUCUCUGGGAUCCCAGUGGAACACUAAUGAAGACUUUCACAGUGGAUUCUAACUCCAAAAUGGCCUAUCUCAGUGUACCAGGAACUGCAAAGGUAGGCCUUUGGACUUACAGUGCUCAGGCCACAGCAGACUCAGAAACAUUAACUAUCACAGUAACUUCUCGGGCAGCAAAUUCUUCUGUACCUCCAAUCACAGCGAACGCUAAGAUGAAUAAAGACAACAACAUCUUUCCCAGCCCAAUGAUUGUUUAUGCAGAAGUCCUUCAAGGCUAUGCACCCGUUCUUGGAGCCAAUGUGACUGCUGUCAUUGAAUCUAAUAGUGGGAACACAAAAGUUUUGCAACUUUUGGAUAAUGGUGCAGGUGCUGAUGCUUUCAAGGAUGAUGGGGUCUACUCCAGGUAUUUUACAAAUUAUACAGAAAAUGGCAGAUACAGCUUGAAAGUAUGGGCUCAUGGAGGAACCAACUCUGCAACCCGAAGCUUACGGCGUCCAUUGAACAGAGCCAUGUAUAUACCAGGCUGGGUAGUAGACGGAGAAAUUGAAGGAAAUCCUCCAAGACCUGAAAUUGAUGAGAAUACUCAGACAAUCUUAGAAAAUUUCAGCAGAACAACAUCCGGAGGUGCGUUUGUGGUAUCACAAGUUCCAAAUACCGCCUUUCCUGACCCGUACCCACCUAGCCAAAUCACAGACCUUGAUGCCACUCCUGACGGAGAUGAGAUCACUCUGACAUGGACAGCACCAGGAGAAGAUUUUGAUGUUGGAACAGUUGAACAGUAUGUCAUAAGAAUAAGUGGAAGUAUCCUCGACCUACGGGACAAUUUUGAUAAUGCUCUUCAGGUUAACACUACUGGUCUGCAACCAAAUGAGGCCAACUCCAAGGAAACUUUUACGUUUAAACCAGGAAACAUCGAGGAAGAAAAUGCAACCCACAUAUUCAUUGCUAUUCAAAGUGUAGAUAAAAACAAAUUGACAUCAAAAAUAUCCAAUAUUGCACAAGUAGCUCUCUUUGUCCCUGAAGCAGAUCCUAGCCCUGAGGAAAACCCAAACCAUAGCAAUUCUGGAAUCAACAUUUCUACCUUGGUGUUGUCAGUGGUUGGGUCUGUUGUGGUUGUUAGUAUUAUUAUAAGCACCACAAUUUGUGUCUUAACAAAGAGAAAAUCUUCAAGCCAAUCUGGAACAGUGUUCUAA